AUGAAGAUCUAUUGGCUAGCCUGUGGAGCCCUGGCGGUCUUCUGGGGAGCGAUUCUCGGAGCAGCUUUUUUUGAUGUGCCCAAUGACGAGACAGUCCUGGUUGACAACAAGUGCCAGUGUGUAAAGGUGACUUCAACGUUUGUCCCUUCCAAAGACAACCCUGAAGAAGAAGUCUUGGAGAGAAGCAUCCGCAUCAUAGUUCCUCUCAAGAGCAGGGAGAACAUCUCAGACCCCACCUCGCCAGUGAGAACCAGAUUUGUCUACAAACUCUCCAAACUCUGUGAGAAGUGUGAUACAGCGGCAGCCAGCAUGGACGACGAAGGAAUUGUCGCUGGGAAGACAGCUCCUUGUGCUGACCCAGAUGAACCCUGCUACACCUAUGACAGGAAUAAAUGCUACACCGCCUCAACUCUGUUCUCCCAUGGGGGAAAGACCCAGGCCAUUACGACGGCUCUCACCCCUGAAUCCUGCUAUCCUGAUUAGGGAUAAGCUGUAAUGUCAGACAUCACAGGCAG